AUGUCGACCGCCGUGGAAGCCCCCGUGGGCAUGAGAAAGAACGGCAAGAAUUGGCAUGCCCCGAAGAAAGCCUUCCGGCCCACCGCCGGUUUGAAAUCAUACGAAAAGAGACUCCAAGAGCGCAAUGACCUGGCGGCCAUCAAGGAGCGAGAGAAGGAAUUGAAGGAAGAGAAAGAAGCCGAGCGACAGAGACACAUACAAGCGAUCAAAGACCGACGAGCCGCCAAGGAAGAAAAGGAGCGCUACGAGAAGAUGGCAGAGAAGAUGCACCGCAAACGAGUCGAGAGAAAGAGGCGUCGCGAGAAGAGGAACAAGCUGCUAAACUCAUAA